AUGGUGCCUGUGUGGCUUGGGGUUGUGCCAAAUGAGUGUAACCGGAUACAAGAGUCAUGCAUAUUUUGCUGCGGUGACCAGACCCCGGCUGUAUUAUCAAAGAACAUCAUGGCACAGACACACAAUGAAAAACUCAAGUUUCGCGGAGAUGACGAGGUGCUCAAGGAAUUGUGUUUGGCCAAUGGUGUGUCUUAUGACAAAAUUGCUAAUGAAGGAACAUCAGUGAGCUCCUUGGAGACGUUCUUCUCUGGUUUCCCUCGCAUGGUCGGCCUUUCGUUCUUCCCCAGACUGUGUCAGUUGACAAUAGUAGGUCAGAGUGUGGAGGUUAUUGAAGGUCUGGAGAGCUGCACAAUGCUCCGCGAGCUAUGGGUUGUUCAGUGUAAUGUUGUGGAUAUUACUGGACUAGAGAGUUGUUUUCAACUUAAGAAACUUUAUCUUUAUGACAAUCAAAUCAUAAAAAUACAGAAUUUGUCACAGCUGGUCCAGCUCCAAGUCCUGUGGCUCAACAACAACUGCAUCAGUGAUAUACAGGGUCUUGAUAACCUAAAAAACCUCAGAGAAUUAAAUCUGUCUGACAACCGUAUUGAGACAAUUGGACGCGUUUUGGAGCCUAACGUGAACUUACAAAAUCUAAACCUCUCUGGAAAUCAAAUAAAGUCUUUUAAGGAGCUAACUUAUCUUGCUCAUUUAUCAAAACUCACAGAGCUUGCUCUCAGUGACCCAACUUCAGGCAGUCAAGUCAAAGAAGUGGUUGAAUCCACCGUGCUGAAGAAAAUUAUGUACUAUAACAUGCGUGUGCGUGUGGUUCAGAGGACACUGGCAGAGGCCCUUCAAAGACUGAAGGAGAAACUGCAAACCAUGCUUCAGAUCCCCAAAGAAAGCAUCCGGACGUUAAGUCAUUUAUAUAAAAAACUGGAACGUGAGCUCUCACAAAUGACAGGCAAAAUGUCAUCUGUUCUUACUCUGAAUGGGGAAGGAGCAGAGGAGGUUCUUAGGGAGGGAACCUCAGAGGAUGACCAAUCUCAACGUCAGAAUAAUAGCAUCAGUCUAGAUUCAACUAUGCAAGAAAAGAUCCUAUUGAAAAUGAAUGCAAUAAGAGAAAGACUGGCACUUUGGAGCAAAAAGAUCCACAAAAUGGAAAGCCUCCAUGAGCGGGAUGUUGCUCAUGUCACAAACUGCAUGGAAUAUGCUUCCCGGUUUCUCCUGAUUGAACUAGAAAGUGUUGGAAACAUUCGGUUUGAGGAAGGCUGUCCUAUGGAUCCAUGGUUUAUCUCUUGCUGUGACCUCCUUCAUUCGCGCUUCUCUCGCACCGAUUAUAGGGACUUUGAUGUUUCUGAAAUUAAAAUAAACAAAGUUAUUAGAAUUCACAACACUGCUCUCCGUAUUCGGUUUGAAGAGAAGACUCAGAUGCUGCUCAGUUUGGAAUCCUCAUAUCUCUCCCAGAAUUAUAAACGAAGACUGGAGCACUUGUUUUAUGUCCCUAACCCCAAGAUUGUGUCUGAAAAGGAAGAUAUUUUACACAUUGUAGAGAAUGGCUUCAAAACAGCAGAACAAUACAAGGCUCUAGGAAGAGAAGAGGCUGUUCCUUUGUCCAACAGCCUGUAUCUAAGUGAACAGCAGCGGAUCGAGUGUGUGGUGUCAGAACUCACUGACAACUCCAGUCACCUUAUGGAAGACAGCCUUCUCCGUCAUGGUUGGGUUUUUGUUUCAAAAGUAUUUCUAGGAAACAGCACACCGAGAAAAUGGUUCAUAUUUGACAAUGAGCUCGUUCUUCCAGAAUACAUUAUUUAUUUUGAAUAUGUCACCACAAAUCAAGACAAGACUCUGCAUAACCCAGAAACGGAGUCUCCCAGUGAAGUAACAUUGGACAGAGAAGUGAUCAACAUGGAGCCAGUGCUGAAGCCACAGCCCAAACUCUUAUUCUUAGAUGACAAACUGCUGCUCAGUGUGUCGCAGGCAAAUGUCUUCAGUCAGAUAACAGUCCUGAACCUGCAUGGCAACAGUUUGAGCAAGCUGAAGGAUAUUUCCCGCCUCACCACUCUGAGGCACCUCUGUAUCAGCUUUAAUGAGUUCACGCGACUGGAUGACAUCCGCCACAUGCACAAUCUUGAGUUCCUGGAUGCUAGCUUCAAUCACUUGAACACCCUUGAAGGAAUGAGGGGUCUGGCAAAGCUGAAAGAGCUCGAUGUGCGGUGGAACAAACUUACCAAGGCCAGAGAUGAUACAACCGUCCUGACCAAACACACACCGGCUCUGCUCAGACUGGACACAAGGCACAACCCAUGGAAAAGGAGAAAAGAAGUUCGGACGACUAUCCUGGCUGGUUUGAAGAGCCUCACACACCUGGAUGAUGAGCUGGUCGCUGAGGAGGACGUGAUGGAGGCUGUUCGAGCUACAGAGACCAGAAUCACACAGACCUGUCUUUUAGUACACUCUUCUACACAAGCCAAACGCCCCCGCAGCCUCAGCCUGCUCUCCACAGCGCACCUUUUAUGUGACCUCAGUUUUAAUGUAUGGAACACAAGUCUUCAGCCAGAUUGGAUGUCACAGAUAACGGCUCUGAACCUUGAUGGCCUUGGGAUUUCUAAGUUAUCUAAUCUCAGUGGACUGGUGAACCUGCGGUGGGCUUCGUUUAAUAAUAAUCACAUCUCAAAAGUGGAAGGACUUGAAAACUGUCUCAAGUUGGAGGAACUUUCUCUCAAUAACAACUACAUCACUACGGUGACCGGUCUGUUGAAGCUCAGUGCGUUAAAGAGACUGAGUUUGGAUCAAAAUCAACUCACGCACUUGGAAGCUUCACUUUUACAGCUGCCCAGUCUCACAUUUCUCUCUCUGGACAAAAACUACAUCACUUCUCUGCAUGGCAUCCAGAGAGUCCAGUCACUUGUAGAGCUGUACAUCGGCAACAACCUAAUUUCCACCACUCCUGAUAUCUUUUAUUUGAAGGGUUUAAAGGAUCUCAUCAUUCUGGAUCUGCAUGGAAAUCCUUUAGUUGAAAAGCUGGAAAACUAUCGCAUCUAUGUGGUUUUUCAAAUAUCUUCACUGAAAGCUUUGGAUGGAAUUGCUGUGGAAGCAACUGAAUGCGAGAAUGCGAAGGACAUGUUCAGUGGAAGAUUAACAUCGGACAUGGUCUCUGAAAAGCUGGGCCAUUCAAACUUCUUUGACAUCACUCAUCUCUCCAUGGCGUCUAAUUCCAUUCGAAUGGUUGAUCUCUCCCCAGCCGACUUGUUUGAAAACUUGCGAAGUGUCAGUUUGGACCACAACAACCUGACCUCCUUCUCUGGCCUCAUCUACUUACCUAAUCUAAAAUCUCUAAAUCUCAACUACAAUCACAUUGAAUCGAUCAUGCCGCGAUUGAAGACCCAAGCUCAUCUGACAAACAGACAGAUUCUAUACAACAAGGUUCACUCCAGCGGCUAUGGCCAGCAGGCACCAACCAAGAGCAUUAGGGAAGCUGUACCCUUUGGCAGCCUGGAGCCAUUGAUGGGUAAUCUGGAGGAGCUGCAUUUGAGUCACAAUGGCAUCUCCAACAUGGCCAAUCUUCAGCUCAGCAGGCUCACCAAUCUGAAGGCACUCUUUCUUCAAGGUAAUGAUAUCAGCCAGGUAGAGGGACUGGAAGGACUCAAAUUUCUCAGAGAACUGGUGCUGGACAAAAAUCGGAUCAAAUCGUUUUCAGAGAACUCUUUUGUUGGUCAGACUGCACUUUUAGAACUGCACCUGUCAGAGAAUCGUGUCCGUGACCUCAGCCACAUGGAGCACAUGACAGAGCUGCGGAAGCUCUCCCUUGGCUCCAACAGACUGCAGGAUCCUGCAGAAUUGGAGAAACUAGAAAACCUUUCAUCACUGACAGAGCUCUGUGUGAUCGGCAAUCCAGUUGCCCGGAACUCUCUGCACAGAGCAGCGGUGGUCCUGCGCCUGUCUCAGCUCCAGAUCCUAGAUGAAGUGGUGGUGACUGUGGAGGAGAGGACCAUGGCUGAACUGCUCAACACAGAGGCAUUGCCAUGCCCACAGUUCACAACCGAGAUAAACCUGCCCGGACUUCUCCCUCAUAUGUCACGUAACACGACUUUAAAAGCCAUCACCACCAUGAGUGGUCUGCACAACCUCAUCCAAGGUCAGGACUUCUCCACUGCUGCAGACGAGGCCCAGCUCCUUCACGGCUACAGGUAUAAGAAGCACAAACACUCUAAUCCAGCCAGAAGUGAGGUGAGAUCAGUGCGCAGAACUGGGGGAAGCCUGUCGAGCACUGGUCUUAAUAUGACAUAUUCCCCACCAGAGCAGGAUGGCAGGUUCUCAAAUGGAGCCAAACCUCCAAACACAUAA